AUGAACGCACAUUUCCAAACCUGCAAAGCUAUCGCCAUCGGCUAUGCUCUCCUAUGCGCGGCGCAUCUGCUGGACCUGAUCACUGAGAUCCAGGGUGAGAUCAAGAUACUCCCGCUGCUGAAGGUCUUAAAGGGAGUGGUGGUCAGUGCGUUCAUCGCCAAAUCUUUGACCGACGGACACCAGAGCUUCGAUUCUUGUACCAAGACGAAAGGUAACGACACGGAUAAAUUGGUGAACGGUUUGAAGAAUAUGGAUGGAGCCCUGGGGAAGAUGAAAAAUGGUAUCUUCAUCAUGGCUGCUGUGACUGCUGUGCAAGCCAUCCAGACCAUGUUCGAGUAA